AUGCUGUUUCACUUCUGCUUUCCCUCUCUCUCCCCUUCUCCCCUCCCUUCAGUGCCUGAUGCCACCUCCCUUGCUCCCUUAGCCGAGACUUCGAAACGUCCUCCUGUCCCUGCUGCUCGUUGGCUCGUGGGUGUUUUUGCUCGGCUCGCUCGCACCACGUCUCUCCGAACACCGCACUGCCCAGUGUAUGCGCUCGCUGCCGUGCCUAGGCUAGGUUCCUCGUCGGGCUCCCCUUCUCGCGCCCACCAUAUCUACGGCGUGAGUGAGGAGACAGCGAUGCCUUCCUCUCCACCAUCGCCUCCGUCAGCGAUCCCGUCAAGCUCGACUGCAUCCGCUUCGCAAUCAGCGCCGCUGCGCACCUUGCCCGGACCCACCUCGUACCAGUCACACAGCUCGACGCCACGCACCUCUGUAUCGCGCGCGCGUACCAACGGCAAGGCACGCGCACAGCCCUCCCGCUCGCCAUCGAAUCGAGACUCGGAGCACGACAGCACGUCCACCGACGACUUUUUCCACGACGACGACGACGAAGACGACGACGCCGAGGACGCAGCUCGAAGACCGUUUUUGCAGCAUCGGCCUUCUUCGACGUCUUCUUCUCGUCGGAAUCGAACCAGCGCACGUCCGGGAAACCGUCGGUCCGACUCGAUCAAGAUGAAGCGCUCGCAUCCACAAAAGCUCAACGACCAGUACCGGGAUGACGAAACUGCCGCCAAGUCGGCAGGCGCGCUCGAAGCGUCCAACGAUUCAGCGGCGGGCUCUUCACCGCGCGGCGAUUCGAGCAACGCGGGAGAGGGCGCACGUGGACCGGGCAAUGUGACGCUCGACGAUCUGUUUGAUCCCACCAAGACGCUGCAGGAGAACAAGUCGAUGAUGAUCUCGGCCGAGCUGGAUCGCAUGGGCAUGGGUCGAUACCAGAUCUGCAUCUGGUUCCUGUGUGGCUGCGGCUACUUUAUCGACCUUCUGUGGGCGCAAGCGCUUGGCCUCAUCGUCACCCAGGUGGCGUACGAAUUCGACGACCAAAUCCACGGUGCCACCGGUCCGCUGCAGACUGCCUUUUCAACCGGCCUCACAGUGGGUGCGUUUUUCUUUGGGUUUGCAGUCGACGUCGUGGGACGACGAUGGAGCUUCUACCUCACCACCUUUAUCGCGUCGGUGUUUGGGAUUGCCAGUGGUGGCGCACGCAGCUUUGAUACGCUGUGUGUGUUGGCGGCGUUUAUCGGGUUUGGCAUUGGGGGUAAUAUCCCCAUUGACGCCACGAUCACGCUCGAGUUCCUGCCGACCAAUAGGCGAUUCCUUGUGGCGGCGCUGUCGAUCUUUCAGCCGCUGGGUGUGCUGGUGUGUUCGGGCAUCUCGUACGGCUUGAUCCCCAAGUACGCGUGCGAUUCGGCAGCCACGUGCACGAGGAGCAACAAUAUGGGCUGGCGCUAUACGCUCUACACACUCGGAUGCAUUACGUGGCUCAUCUUUGUGGCGCGCUUCUUUGUGUUCAAGUUCCGCGAGUCGCCGCAGUACCUGCUUGCGCGCGGCAAGGACGCCAAGGCUCUCAAGGUGAUUCGACAGAUCCUCGAGACCAACAAGAGCAAGCUCGAGCCGCUCUUUAGCCAGGACGACUUUCGCGAGGCCGCGAGGCGGAUUGCUGCCCACGAGGGACGCGACUACGAGGAGGAGGACGAGGGAUUGCAUGCCGGUGGGGUCAAGAGGUCAAGGAUGGCAGCGGCCAAGAAGUCGGCGAGGGAAAUGCUCGCGCUGUUUUUGAAUGCAAAGACGCUGUUUAGGAACAGGACCAUGGCUAGGGUGACAACGAUCAUUUGGAUCACCUUUAUCGCCGACUUUUGGGGCUUCACCUUGGCCGGCUUUUAUCUGCCCCAGAUCCUCAGGGCAAAGGGCGUCCAGGAGGAUACGUCGAUCGAAACGAUCUAUCGGAAUUACAUUCUGAUUUACUUUCCGGGCAUUUUCGCCGUCGCGUUCGGCGCGGCCAUGAUCGAGGUGCCCCGCUUCGGUCGUCAAUGGGCCAUGGUCGUAUCGUCCGCCCUCAUGGCGGUAUCGUUCUUCCUCUUUAGUCGGGUAAGCGGCACGGCGGGUAGUAUAGGACUUAACGCCAUGGAGUACUUCUUCCAGAGCUUUUUCAACUCCAUCCUGUAUGCGUUUGUACCCGAGAUCUACCCGUCUCAGGUGCGGGGCACUGCCAGCGGGUUGGCAAGCACGCUCGGUAGGAUCGCAAGUAUCGUGGCGCCGCUGGCGGCCGAUCCGCUGUACAGGGAUAAGACCGAGGAGCAGGCGCGACACGUGCUGUAUCUCGCGGGGAGCAUCACGUUGCUCUGCCCCAUUGCGCUCGCGUUCCUGCCCUACGAUACGAGGGGCAUGCGCGUGUAUUGA